GGGCAAGCAGUGACAUUUCCUCUCCGCAACACGCUAGCAGCAGCAGCAGAUGCCUGGACAAUUGUUAAUUAUAGAGUAGGCACUUACUGGUUUUGAGUCAGGAACAAGUGCGAGCGCAAGACAGCCCUCUGGACAGCCCUUGCACCUCGUCUGCGGGACUCCUCAAACCUGGACAAAUACAAUAGCAAACAUGGACUCUACAACAACAACAACAUCGAUGCUUCUCGACUCUACGCGGCCGGUGACGACCGCGGGGGCGACUGGGCGAGGCAGCGUGUGUGCAGACAUGGACGUAGGCAGUGAUAUGACAAGCGAUAUCACGUCCACCAGCAGCCUAAAUCACGGGACGCUUGCAGAUUACCAGCUGGACCGGCUACUAGGCCGCGGCAAGUACAGUCAGGUGUAUCUGGCGCGGGAGACACACACCGGCCAGAUGGUGGCCAUUAAGCGGGUGGAGAUUUUUGACAUGAUGGACCCGGUCAGCCGCCAGGCGUGCGUGAAGGAGGUCAAGAUCCUGCAGAACGUUGAGCACCCCAACAUCGUCAAGUGCUUCCGCUCCUUCCUGUCCGAGGCCGACAACGAGCUGGUCAUUGUGCUGGAGUGGGCGGAGGCGGGCGACCUGGGUCAGCUCAUCAAGCAGCGGGCGGAGGCGGGGCAGCCAUUCAGCGAGGAGCAGGUGUGGAGGCAGUUCCAGCAGGUGUGCAACGCGCUCAAGCACAUGCACGACCGGCGCAUGAUGCACCGCGACCUCAAGCCCUCCAACAUUUUCGUGACGGCCUCCGGCGACCUCAAGCUCGGGGACCUGGGGCUAAGCCGCUAUUUCAGCUCACGGACACUGCAGGCGAACACCACCGUCGGGACGCCCUACUACAUGAGCCCGGAGGUGGUCCGCGGCCAGCCGUACGACUUCAGCUCCGACAUCUGGAGCCUGGGCUGCCUGCUGUACGAGCUGGUUGCGCUGAGGAACCCUUUCUACAAGGAGAACCAGAGCCUGUACGUGCUGGGUAAGAACAUCCAGAACUGCGCCUACGAGCCGCUGCCGCCCUCCGUGCCCGACGAGCUGCGCACCCUGGUCACCUCCAUGCUUCAGCCGCAGCCAUCCUCCCGGCCCAGCAUCUCACACGUGGCCGACCAGGUGGACCUCUACGUGGCCACACACCACCCGCCGCCGCCGGCUGCGGCUGCGGCGGCCGGGCCAGGGGUAGGGGCAGGGGCGGGAAUCGGUGCAGCUGCGCCGGUAGCGGGGCAGGGGCGGCAGCCGUCGGGAAGCGGGGCGCCUCCGGUAGCUACGGCGGGGGCGGGGGCGGGUGCAGGCGCGGGCAUGGACCUUGGGAUUACGGGAUUCAGCAUCCAGCUUACGGGGAGAGGGCUCAACUCCACACUGCCCAAGUGGUAGUGCUGCAGCACGUGCUUGUUGGGAGCUGAGCGGCAUGUGGGCGAAGGCCAGUGUGCGGCUUUUGGGGGUAAGCCACACAUUGGCCUGUGCGGGGGCGCGGAUUAGCUUGGUAGGCGUGAGGGCGGUGCGUAGAGUGGCGUUGACUUGGCAGGUUCACCGGACAGGGUGAAAGGGCUGCGGCUAUCUUCGACUGCAACCGGUGAAGGGUUGCAGUGACUCAGACAGGAGCAGACACGAUUAAUCAGACCAUCGCUCUGGUGCACAUCCGCUGUAAGGGGACAACGUGCUGCAUCACGCGUUAUGUUUACGGUAGUAGGAAGAUGGUGUGCGUGCAGUCAAACUUGCUUGAAUUGCAGACUUGUGUUCGGUGGCUUAUGAACGGGGUACGCAUUGCAAUUGUGCCGUUGCAAUAACCUGCGCUGUCAAAGCACACUGUGCAAUUGCAUUUGUAGGAAUGGUCAUUUUGCCCAGUCGAGAUGGCUGUCAUUAUCUGCAGCUGGGCUGGUGUAGCGGUUUGACAUGCAGAUUCCCAAACACGUGCUAAGCGCGCAUGUGUCAUGUGGCAGUACGCAUUGCAGUGUGGCGUGGAAUGAGGCACGCGUGCUUGUGGGUUAGGGCCCGCCGUUGACGUUCCCAGCGCUUGUUGGAUGCUGCGAGAAGCAGCAGCGGGUGCCAGGUUGCCUUGAGGCUUGGCCGUUGGUGCAGUCGUGAGCCUCAAGAUAGGCGCAGCUUCGCAGAGGCGCUGUUAGUGUGGGGACAUUCGAAUAAAUAGUGUAAUGGCGGUUCUAGGACAGCUCCGACUAUCCCUCAAUUAACUGGUGUACGGCACACCCAACCCCCUCAGCCGUACAGGAGUUGACUUGGGAGUCGGCAGCUGCGCGAGUGUGUGCAGGUAGUUGUACAAGCUACCUGACUGUAGUGACGCACACGGGCAGUUGGCGCUAGUCGGCAGGCACGCGAGUGGGAGUGAGCACUUGAGCGCGCACGCGUGUGGGAAGCUACGGCAGAGCACGGUGGAGCACGGCGGAGGCUGGCGGUUGGCGCGGCGCGUGAGUGGGAGAGCAUAGUCGUGCGCGCGCCGUUUGGGAACAUGCGUGUGUGAGCUGCGUGUAAACGCAUGGGGCUGACCCGGUUUCCAUAAGCUGCCUCUGGGUGCACACGGUUUCACACGGUUGAUUGUUGGGCUCCAGCGCGGGUGGGACUCGCUAGAGUGCACAUCAGGCGCUGGGGGGCACGCGCGGGCGGGGCGCAGGGGCGGCUCGCAGGAAUUGGGCGGUAACUCGCGCGAAACUCAUAU